GUUUACGUCACUAUUAUAGAGAGCCAAGAGUUAAUCCCUCGUUUUUCUUGUCGUCUGCCAUCUUUGCUACGUUCGAUUGUAAAAAGGGAGAGUUCACUGGACUUUCUAGGUUUAUUCACUUCACGUGACGCCCUCUUGAGCGUGGCGUGUUGUAAGAGUGAAGAAUAAUAGAAGGUUUUAAAACUGGCAAGACGAACCUACCCUAGGGGAGUUAGGUAAAAUGUAAGUUUUAUAGUCUGAACGCAGAAUUUAAAAGAUAGGACAAAGUUGUCAUGAGAAGUACACGUCAGAGAUACGCUCAGGAUAUGCGUGCUAGAUUUAUUGCAGUGUUAACACUUCUUUCAGUUUCAGUGAUAUUUAAUGUAUCGGCCUUUGAUACAGCCAAAGAUGUUUUUGAGGAUUGUGACAACGAAGAUGUGAGUCAAGCGAGUAACCAGUUUGUAGCUUGUGUGAAUUCGAAUGUGUUUCCUUUGAAACAAAUUUCGCUAAAAAGUUUGAAAAGUAUCAAAAAUGGAGAUGGAUACGAAAAUCUGUGUGGGUACUUAAAAUCAACCAUCAAAUGUUCGCAAAAGUUUCAAGAAAUGAAUUGUUUGAGAGAAUCGGAACGAAGCAAUCUACGAGAAUACACCAACAUUAUGACCACUGGCUUGGAUUAUUUAUGUAACAACAAAGAAAAGAACUUAAGAAGCUUUUAUGAAGCAGACGGAUACGAGUGUGUCGAAAGAUUUCGCCGUAACAUUACGUCUUUCCAGCAGUGCAUACAGAAAACUCACGCUGCUGAUGUCAGCAACAAAUUACUUUCCAAACACUUAUGCACUUAUGGCAAGGACGUAUCUCAUUGUAUAAGGCGUUUGACAAAGGAUUGUAGAAAGGCCAGGGACGUGAUCUUAGGUUUUGUGGCUACCAUUAUUGAAGCAGGAAAGUGUGACAAGUUUAGCGGGAACUCAAGCCCCAGCACCAACAAGUUGGAGGUUCUUCUUGGAGCCACGAGUCUCGCAGUUGGGCUGUUGUUACUUUAAUUUUGUUUUUCGCAGUUAUUUUUAUGUUUUGUUUUACCGUACAUUGAAAAAAAAUCAAAGGAAAGGUUUACGGAAUAAUGUGUAUAUAUAAACAUAGUGUGUUUGGGUAAAAAGUUAAUUAAUGUUAAAGUGAUUUCAUUACUUUGCAUUGAGUAGGUAGAAAUACUUUAUUUUUAUCACAUCUGGAAACCUGAUUUAGGUUGGAUGUUACAUUCUAAGUCUUACCAUGAAAGUUAUUACUUGUACAACGAUAACGUGUCCUUACUGGUUCACGGUUAGAAUCUCCUGUACGUUGAACACUUAUUCAAAGUUUAAUUAAGGUACCUAUUGGUUGUUCGUCGCAGGCAACCACGUUAUCUGCAUUUAAUUAAAAUGUUUUCGAACUUUUUUGUAAUACUGAAAAUGUUUUAACUGCAUUCAUUACCACGUUUCUAUCGUUCUCGUCUCUACACUUUACUCAACCAUCUCAUCCUAGGCCUUGUUACGUUUCCGUUUGUUAAUUGAUUUCCCGUCAAUUCGUUCCGACGAAACUUUUGCGACACAAGUCCUUUCUUAAA